GGUAAGGUGUGUCGCUGUGCGCGGAGCUCCGCUCAGUCUGAGGUGAGGACACACCGGGGGAAGAUCCGGAAAGUUUUUUUUGGAGUGCGGAGGGAGCGGAUCCGGGCCCAGAAUGCUGGUGAAGGAAUACCGGAUCUGUAUGCCGCUAACGGUGGACGAGUACAAGAUUGGACAGCUGUACAUGAUCAGCAAGCAUAGCCAUGAACAGAGUUCGGAUGGAGAAGGGGUGGAAGUGAUCAUCAAUGAGCCUUAUGAAGACCCCAUCCAUGGCAAAGGGCAGUACACGGAGAAAAGAGUCUACCUGAACAGCAAACUGCCAACCUGGGUACGAGGAUUUGUUCCAAAGAUUUUCUACAUCACUGAAAAGGCCUGGAAUUAUUAUCCCUUUACAGUCACUGAAUACACGUGUUCUUUUCUGCCAAAAUUUCAAAUCAAAAUAGAAACAAAGUUUGAAAAUAAUAAUGGCUCCAAUAUACGGGUAUUUGGGGAAAAACCCACACCAGAGGAUGAUGUGUGCUGCAUUGAUAUAGCUUCUGAUGAUUUAGCAGAAAGCUAUUACAAAAAAAUAGAAGAUCUUAAAAUGUUCUGUUCAAAGAAGACCGGCCGAGGGCCAUUGCUACAAGACUGGCAAGAGACCACGCAGCCCAUUAUGUGCUCUUACAAAUUAGUUGCAGCCAAAUUUGAGGUCUAUGGUUUUCAGUCAAGAGUUGAGAGUUUUAUUCAUAAGAAUAUCAAAGACAUACUGUUUGCAGGUCACAGAGAAGCUGUGGCUUGGAUGGAUGAAUGGUAUGGUAUGUCUCUAGAAGAUGUACGGACGUUUGAAAGAAGACUUCAGGAAGAAACAAAUUGCAAAGUAAAUUCCCAGAAAAAGUCUGCAGAUCCAAACGGUGAACACUUGCUAAACACUGGGGUUGGGAAGCAUUCAAUCAACAGGUCAACCUCCUGGAAUAAUGGAACAGAGACAUGUCCAUAUGCGAAUGGGAAUGCAGACUCAAAACCAAGGCCAAGACUGCCCUCCGCUCCAGAAUAAUACAUUGAGAAGCUUAACUUGCUAAACAAAUACAAAUCCGAAUAUUUUGGGAAAAUGCCCAAAAAAUUGUUACUAUGGUCUUCUGAAUAAUUUACAUACGAUAUACUUGAUGGGAUGACAAGGUCAAUUAGAUUUUCAUUGUUUACCUUUUAGGUCUACAAGCUGCAGAAGAAAUGGAAAGGCUUGGGACUUGAACUUGUCCAUGAACAUUAAUGGUGCACAACGUGAGCUGGUGCAAUUAUUUUAAUGUUGUAAGGAGAAAUAUAGCUGCUGGGAUAAUGGUUAAAUAUAUACAAUGUUAAUAUAUUGGGAUUUUAGGACAAGUACAUUGUGUAACCUUACUGAAGAGCAGAAGGCUUUACCUAAUGUGAACAAAGCCAAUGUGCCACCAAAUGGCAUUCUGCAUAGAUCUCGUGGUACAUGAGAUGUAAAUAUGUUCAUAACUAUAAUGUAUGUUGUAGCGUGGAGGUAUGUCCUUUUAUUCUACUGAAACUUUUGUUAUUCUUUCUCCCAGAUGCAGAAAACAUGGGUAAAUUGUCAAAUCCAACACAGUGAAAUGCCAUGUACAUAAACAUUGGUUUAUGGGUAAAGGGGAUUGUUGGAAGGCUCGGUAUUCUUCAUCUGAACUAAGUUGGCAAGAAUAAUUUGUGUAAUGUGUUACUUGCCCAGCACGUAGUGUUGAAAAUGCUGCCAUAUCAGCACAAGUGGCCCCUAUGGGGCCAUGGGUUUAGGGAAAACUGUUGUGGGAAAUAUUUUUGGUACCCCUCCCCCCCUCCUUGUGUUCCUGGCAGUAAGGAGUGGACUUAUGGAGCUGCUUUCAACAGGUCAAUGCUUGCACAGAUUGUGUACAUGCUUCAUAUGGCAUAUACAGGUAGCAGGUAGUAUAAUUUCUAUACUUUGUAAUACUACAGGACUACAAAAAUGUUUGUAUUAUGCGUACCAUCUUUGGUCAACUUUUUUGGCAGUGGGUAGUUUAGUAUCUAGACUUUCCCCUGAUCAGUUACUGUAAUAUAUUUUGGCACAGUAGAUGCAUAACGUAUGCUCUCUCCCAAAAUCUUGUCCAAGCAUAGAAGCUUUGUACUUGGGUUUCAGCCCAUAUAUAAGCCAUGGCUAAUGCUGAUGAAGCCACCCAUAGUUCCUUGAAUAGAGGACAAAUUCAUGACAUGUGAAAUCACUGGAAGUCUUGUAGUGUGAAGCAGGCUAGUCAGGGACAGGGGAAUUUGGGCACCGUGCCCUUCGUUUUAUGGUGGUGGCUCUGGGCGUGUGUAAAAAGGGAGUAGCCAUUGACCCAAAUGGCCAGUACGGGUCCCAAGCCCCUGACUCAUUCAGACUUCACUGCGUAAGCGGCUCCCCUGCAAGGGUCAUGGCAAACAAAUUCUGGGGUCCUCAGUGAGCAGGAUGCUGCCUCUUUCAGAACAGCUGCUGCUCAGGACAGGCUGGCCUUUUGACAGUUUAAAAGGAUCCAGCUGGUACUUGAAAGGAAUGCAGGGGCUGGUGAAGAAUUGCAGUACUAGUCGCAGGGCAAGGUGAGCAAUGGCCGAGCAUAAUGUCUACAAACUAAAAUUACAAUAACUCUACUAAUUGCACAGGAUCGAUUACAGUGAUUGGUAGAUAUACCAGGUCAGAACAAGCACAUGGUGACAAUAUUAACCUGCCUUUAUGCAGUGGACUUCUGAAGGGGUGCAGUUCCAAAAAAUGAAAGAUGCAGUCUCCAUUGCCAGUAAUUCUCUUCCUCGUGCAAAAACCACACCCAAAGCUGUAGCUCCAGUAGUUUCCCAUUUACCUAGGAUACCCAACAGCCCAAGUUCCUCCUUCUCACAUAGGCCAAUCUCUUUCCAUACAGCCAGCAGGGGUGGAGCAGUAAAAAAAACUUGACCAAAUAAGCCAACAUCUACUACUGGACUGAAUGAAAUUGUAGACUGGCCAAUCUCAAGUUGGAUGACAUAGCUGGACAAGAACUAGCGAAAUAAGCAUUGCAAGAAAUGGUGAUAUUUCCUUCUAUUCACCCGAAACAAUUCACUGGCCUCAGAACUCCAGCUCAAGGGCCAUUUCUGUUUGGCCCUCCAGGAAAUGGAAACUAUGCUGGCAAAACCAGCAGCUGCUAAAUUGAAUACAACAUUUUGUAAAUCUAAAUGCAGCAUGUUUCCGUUCAAAAUGUAUAGGGGAGGAGGAUAAAUUUAUUUGGGCACUUUUAUGGGGGGCAAGGGAACGUGUGUGUGUGUGUGUGUGUGUGUGUGUGUGUGUGUGUGUUUUUUUUUUUUUUUUUUUUUUGUGCCUGAUGGUCUUAUGUGAAAGAAGAGGGAGAACUUGAUGCUAGCAGGGGAUUAAAAGCAGACUUGUUGAUAGUUUGAUGGAUUACAGUCUGGUGGAGAUGAUAGUGCUAGUCAUGGACGCUACUAACAGACCUCCAAGAGCAGGAGAUUCACAAAAAAGGUUUGUCUCCUUGCCAAAUGUAGAGACAAGGCUUCUGUUU